AUGAUCACGGCCAAUGAAAAGAAGAUGACGACAGAAGCGGGACUGCAAAAGGCAACAAAGAAGAAGAGGAAGAAGAAGAAGAAGAAUAAGAAGAAGAAGAAGAAGAAGAAGAAGAAGAAGAAGAAGAAGAAGAAGAAGAAGAAGAAGAAGAAGAAGAAGAAGAAGAAGAAGAAGAAGAAGUCGAGCGCAGUAACCAUGAUGAAGGAAGUUACAACUGCCGAGCAAUCACUGAAACGUGCCGCCUCUGUUAGCAAGCAGUCAUUGGUCAAAACAACAGGAUCAAAUGUUAAACAAAGCCUUACGAAGAGCAAGCGGAAGGGAACAAUUAAGAAGAAGGGGAAGAAUAAAAUCAAAUAG